ACCCCUAAGUUUUUGUCAAAGCUUCAGAACAUUCUUGGUUUGAAUCAUAAAUUUUGCCAGUCUCACCUGUUAAGAAAACACUGAAUGAUGCUGGGAAUCAGCCUUGCCCUGUGUGCAGGGCUGUUUGCAGCCCUGGCAUCAGUGUGUGCCAAGAUUGCCAUGGCAACAGAGGAGGCAGCUGCGACCUGCCAGGUGCUGGUGUAUCAGGUGUCGUCCCUCCUGCAGCAGGAACAGGGCGAUGGGUCCGAGGCCUUCUGUGGGUUGGUCCUGACGUACUUUCGGAUGACCUGUUUUGGGAUGGUGUUUGUGUUGAAUGCUGUGAUGUGGGUGUUCUUCACCAAGGCUCUGGCAACCUGCAAGUCCUCCGUGGAGGCCACAGUCACCAACACAGCCGCUAACUUCUUUUUCUCAGGUGUCCUGGGCAGGGUUCUAUUCCAUGAGGCCCUGUCACUGCUGUGGUAUGUAGGAGCAUCCUGCAUCGUUGUUGGACUGUUGUUCAUACACAGGGGAAGUGACACAGGCGAAACAGAUCCACUGACUGCGACUCAUGUCUCAGAACAGGACAAGAAGCACAGAUAACAGGAGCACAACUAAUGCUUCAUCACAUGUAUUUGUACUGUACCACAGACUAGUUUUGUCCUUUUAGACCUUAGUUAUGGAUA